GGCGGAGCCGCUUCCGGCGCACGUGGGCCGCGCAGGCACAUGGCCGCGGGCAUGUCGCCGGACGAGGACGUGCAGCGGCUCCUGAUCCAGUUCCGGGACGAGACGGGGGAGUCCCUGGGCUCCCCCUUCGACGUCCCGGUCACCAUCACCCCGGACAAGCUGCAGCUGGUCUGCAACGCCCUCCUACAGAAGGAUGAGCCGGUGCCUCUGGCCUUCUUCGUCCAUGAUGCCGAGAUUGUGGUGUCGCUGGAGAAGACCCUGGCGGGGCAGAGCGUGGAGACGGAGAAGGUCCUGGACAUCAUCUACCAGCCGCAGGCGGUGUUCAGGGUGCGGGCGGUGACCCGCUGCACCAGCUCCCUGGAGGGGCACACCGAGGCCGUCAUCUCCGUGGCCUUCAGCCCCACGGGAAAGUACCUGGCGAGCGGCUCUGGAGACACCACCGUCCGCUUCUGGGACCUCAGCACGGAGACGCCACAGUUCACGGCCAAAGGUCACCGGCACUGGGUGCUCAGCAUCGCCUGGUCGCCCGACGGCAAGAAGCUGGCCUCGGGCUGCAAGAACAGCCAGAUAUUUCUCUGGGAUCCAGCCACUGGCAAUCAGAUCGGCCGGGUGCUCUCUGGCCACUCCAAAUGGAUCACGUGUCUGUGCUGGGAACCGCUCCACAUAAACCCGGAGUGCCGCUACCUGGCAAGUGCCUCCAAGGAUGGCAGCAUCCGCAUCUGGGACACACUGAUGGGCAAGUGUGACAAAAUCCUCACGAGCCACACGCAGUCGGUAACGUGCGUGAAGUGGGGAGGCGAUGGCUUGCUCUACUCCUCCUCCCAGGACAGGACCAUCAAAGUCUGGAGGAGCCAGGACGGGGUCCUCUGCCGCACCUUACAGGGCCACGCUCACUGGGUGAACACCAUGGCUCUUAGCACCGACUACGUUCUCCGCACCGGUGCCUUCGAACCUGCUGAAGCCACCAUCAACCCACAGGACGUGAGCGGCUCCUUGGCAGAGCUGAAGGACAAGGCACAGCAGAGGUAUGACCAAGUCAGGGGCCAGGAACCAGAAAGGCUCGUCUCGGGGUCAGAUGAUUUCACACUGUUUCUUUGGAGACCAGCAGAAGACAAGAAGCCACUGGAGAGAAUGACGGGCCACCAGGCAUUGAUUAACCAAGUCCUGUUCUCGCCAGACACCCGGAUAAUAGCUAGUGCUUCCUUUGACAAGUCCAUAAAGCUCUGGGAUGGUAGGACAGGAAAGUACCUGACGUCGCUGAGAGGGCACGUCUCGGCUGUGUAUCAGAUCGCCUGGUCAGCCGACAGCCGCUUGCUGGUGAGCGGGAGCAGCGACAGCACGCUGAAGGUCUGGGAUGCCAAGACAAAGAAACUGGCCAUUGAUCUUCCUGGCCAUGCAGAUGAGGUGUAUGCAACGGAUUGGAGCCCGGAUGGACAGAGGGUAGCCAGUGGAGGGAAGGACAAGUGUUUGCGGAUAUGGCGUCGAUAGGAGCAGUGACACGAAGCUGCCGGUCCUGUCCUGAGCUGGCCUGCCUUCGGUGCAGUCUGCCUGGGAGAUCUGCAAGGUGAUGGACGACAGAAGCUGACCUGAGCAUGGCUCCCUGUUCCUGUUGGCUGCUCUCCCUCGUGGACUCUUUCCUUAUAUUUAUUUAAGGAAAUUUUAAUUCUAGUUCUUAAGAGCUGUGUUUUGCAGGAUGAUUUCCUCUGAACAUUACAGGAGGGAUAUCUCAUCUGC